GCCAUUUUUGUUCCGAAAAUGCCCCCAUUCCCAAAAUGUCCCUCCGCCGCCGUUCUCCGCCGCGUCGUCUCCUCGGCCACCGCCUCGUCCUCCUCGAGAUUCCAAAUUCCAUUGCAUCGACUCCACCCCGAGCUUCCAGCUUUUCCUACCUCUGGUUCCCGGCGGUUCUAUAUCUCCAGCACCGCCGCACGUGAGCGGAGCUCGCGGAGGACGCUAUUGUACCUCGUCGGCCUGGCGGGGGCCAUGGUCGGGGCGUCCUAUGCCGCAGUGCCCCUCUACCGCCGCUUCUGCCAGGCCACGGGAUACGGCGGCACCGUCCAGCGCCGUGAGAGUGUGGAAGAGAAGAUUUCAAGGCAUGAUCAAGAUGGGACUACCACUUCAAGAGAGCUUGUUGUACAGUUCAAUGCUGAUGUUGCUGAUGGGGUGCCAUGGAAAUUUAUUCCUGCACAAAGAGAGGUAAGGGUCAAGCCAGGAGAAAGUGCUCUUGCAUUUUAUACCGCUGAAAACCGGAGUUCAACUCCCAUAACUGGUAUGUCGACAUAUAACGUUACACCAAUGAAGGCUGCAGUUUACUUCAAUAAAAUACAAUGCUUCUGCUUCGAGGAGCAGCGGCUUCUUCCUGGGGAGCAGAUUGAUAUGCCUGUGUUUUUCUACAUCGAUCCAGAGUUUGAGACAGAUCCCAAAAUGGACGGCAUCAACAACUUCAUCUUGUCAUAUACCUUUUUCAAAGUUAAAGAAGAUUAGCACCAGCUUUCACAUCUUGUUACUAAUUUUAACAGCUGCCAUUAAAUUGGAUUCAUGUUAAUUUCUUCCAAUUUUGUUCUACAUUCUUGUCACACGAUUGCACAAGGUUCAGGAAAUGACAAAGCCUGAGUUUGAAUAAAUUAUAUAUAAAAAAAAGGCCAUCUCAUUCUUUGUGUAAAAC